GAAUGAGAAGUAUAUUAGCGGCAAGCUUUCUUAUCUUUCUGCAGAUAAUCAGAGGGGAGAGAGGUCUUACAAGAGAUCCUGAAUUCAUUUCCGGAAUAAGAAAUGUAUCCGUAGCCGUUGGAAGGGAUGCAAGCCUCUCAUGUCAUAUUUCAAACAAUCAGGGAUAUAAAGUUGCCUGGAUCAGAAUAGAUACCCAAACAAUUCUCACUCUCAACAAUCAUGUUAUCACUAAAAAUCACAGAAUAGACGUAAGUCAACCUGAAGAUACAGAAUGGAAGCUAGAUAUCAAGGAUGUUAGACCACGAGAUGCUGGUUUCUAUAUGUGUCAGGUUAAUACUGAACCUAUGAAGAGUAAACUUGGUUAUCUCGAAGUUGUAGAACCUCCCAGUAUCCAGGAUGGGUUGACCAGCAGGGAUCAGAUUGUAUCUGAAGGAGAUAAUAUUGUUUUAGCGUGUAAAGCUACGGGUCAUCCUACACCACAAAUUAGAUGGAGGCGGGAGGAUGGAAAACAUAUUCGCGGAAACAUAGAUAAAGAGUAUAUUGGACCGAUUAUAAGCCUAGUGUCAGUAAGUAAGGAGGAUAUGGGAGCAUAUCUCUGUAUUGCACAAAAUGGUGUUCCCCCAGCAGUAAGCAGACGCACAAUACUUCAAGUCAAAUAUCCACCAACCGUUCUACUGACACCUGGACCUGCAGCAGGGGUAACAGGAGGAGCGUUAGUCCUGACAUGUGCAGCUUCAGGAUUUCCAGAACCUGUGACUUCUUGGGUUCAUAACAACAGAGCUAUACCAUCAGGUGGUAGAUUUGAGAUAGUAACAGAGGUUCAAGACGGUCAAGUUAUUACCAGACUGGUGAUAGACCCACUCACUUCUCAUGACGCAUUCUCAAGGUAUACAUGUAUUGGGAAAAAUAAUUUGGGCAGUGCUGAAGAUAGUAUUACACUUAAUAUCACAGAGGCAAGAGGGAAUGAUGAUGUAAAAAAGGUUCGAGUUGAAAAUGAAAUAAUCUACAAAAACCCAAGACUAGAAAUCUGGGAGAUCAACGACCUGCCAAAUCCCAGCUACCCAAAUCAGGAGAAUAAGGGAAAAGCUGGUGGAAGAGGUGCCGGAGGAAAGGGGGAACUGUUUACCCGAAGAAGGAACAAUGGAGUGACAGAGCCAAAUCAAGAUUUAUUCUCCAGAGCCUCAACAGACUUUGAAUUUAAAGCCACAUUUCUAAUUGUUGUAUUAAAAAUGUUAUUCAAUUUCCUGAACCCCGAAAUUUAGUAUAAUUCUUUAUCUUCAUAUUGUAAUUCUGGAAAAUAGAAUUAUGAUAUUCCGUAUAUAUUUUCCAUAAAAUUUUAAUUUCUCUACCCUAGUUGUCAAAAGUCAUUGUGUAGAUAGUAGAUUCAGUGAACUCAGUAUUUGCUCCGGGUGAAAUCAAGUAUGGAUAAAUACAGUUAUCAGCUUAAAAUUACAUCGUAUUUGACUUAUCUAAAAUGUACCCUGAUCAAACCCUAUUAGUUCUAUCCAUUUAAUUAGGUUUUUGUCGAUUGAGAACCUUUAAAAUUAUUAAAAUAUGUUCUCUAAAGUGAUGAUUCCAGAUAUUUUGCAGCCAUUUUUAGUAACAAAACUGUUUCUGUGGUAUACAUUUUCAUAAAAAUUAUCCCCACAUUCAACUUUCUUCAGUUUUAAAAAUAAUU